AUGUUGUCAGCUUACGCCAGGUUUAUCGUCCGCCACUCCUACCUUGUUAUUUUUACAGUAGCUGUGAUCUCAACUAUUCUAACUGUGAUUCCUCUGGUAUGCCACAACUUACCAUCGUUUUCUGAUCCAAUCGUAGGCUUCGAAACUCGAGGCACCAUCCUAGCACACCGUUUUAUUGCGUGGGAAAACCUAGUCGAGGAAACAAGACCAUCUCGUAAACUAGCCGUAAAUCCCAAGGAAAUCGAAGAUCAAAUUCGCAUGAAUCAAACAUACCACAACAAAACAAAGCAAGAUAGACCCAGAUCGGGUCGUGGCCGCUCUAAAAACAAAGGACGCAAUAAGAAAAAAAAAGUUAACUAUAAUAAUACAAUUUUCGUAAAGUCAUGGCUAGAAUCAGAACCUAACAUAUCUAAUGGCCAUGUCCAUUGGGGAUUUGGAAAAAACAAAACAUUUGAAGAUGAUAAUGCUGUAUUUCUGAAAGACCACACAAGGAAACAAUGGGUGUCAAUAAAAGAAAUGCAGCGGAAACCUGAUAAACCUCUCCAUCACAACUAUGCAUCUGGGACCUGUGGACCGCCCAUAUCAGAAUAUACUCAUUUAGUUAUCAUAGAUACAGACAACAGAUCUUUGUUGGCAUUUGAAAAUAUACAAAAAAUGUGUAGAUAUCAAUCAUUUUUAGUAGAAUUGGGAGGUGUUGAGUAUUAUAAGAUGUGCCAAAGAGCCUCACAUCCUGGGGAGCUUUGCUGUCCAGUUUGGAGUGUGCCAAAUUACAUAGCUUUACUGUCACGCAAGGCUUCAUGUGAAAAUUUAAGUAAAAAAGAUGUGGACAACACUGUGAAAUUGUUAGAAAAAUGCGCUGGAUAUUUCCAUAACUUUACCUUAAUGGCAUCAUGUGAUUUAGAUCGCUGUAAGGUGCCUAAGUAUUGUUCUCAGUAUGAUGCAAUAUACAAUUUGUUAUUUUACUUAAUUGAUUCAGAAGCGUUUACACCUUCAAACGUGUCACAGACAUUUGUCAGUAAUGUGAUGCUCUUCUUGCCAUUGCCUAGAAGUAGUACUAUAUUACCUUAUUAUAAACAACUGCAGAGUACAAAUUUGUCUUAUAACACCCUUGUAAUCCCGGCCAUGGAUUUUGGACUGAGAAAUGAACUUUUUGAUUUGUGGGUAAUACAAGAUACUUGGUUGAUUGGCUUAGGUGGAGUGUUUGUAUUUAUGUGUGUGUGGGUGUAUACAAAAUCUCUCAUUCUCACUGUGCUGUUAUUUACAGCAGUAACUUUUUCAAUUGGUAUAGCAUACUUCUUCUACAUCUAUGUGUUCAAUUUGGAAUUUUUUCCCUUCAUGAAUUUAUUAGUAGUAGUUGUUGUCAUAGGUAUUGGAGCUGAUGAUGCAUUUAUCUAUGUAAAAAUAUGGAAGAUGGUGGGCAAACAACUCAUUAGAGACAAUGUGGUUCCUGAAGAGAAUGGUCUCAGUGAUAUAAAAAAUGUCUCUAGUGCUAGUGAAACUAUACUCACACAAAUUCUUGAAGAAACUAUGAAGCACUCUAUACUGACAAUGUUUAUUACUACUUUGACAACUGCUGUUGCAUUCUAUGCAUCAUAUGUAAGCUACAUUCCAGCAAUUAAUUGUUUCAGUGUAUUUGCUGGCACUGCUGUUCUAGUCAACUUUUUUUUAAUGGUUAGUUGGUUACCUGUAUCAGUAUUUAUCAUAGAUGUUAAAUUGUGUACAAGUCGGACAAAGGUACUAGAUAUAAUUCAUAAAAGUUUAAGUGUGUUUUGGGAAGAUAUCAGAUUAAUGAUGAAUAGAUUUAUUAUAACAUGUGUAACAAGAUUACAUAUAAUGUUUGUUGUAGUAUUGGGUGCUAUAGGGUUUGCCAGUAUUGUUGUAGUUUUCCACUACCCAGGAUUACAACUGCCAGAUUCUAAACAAUUCCAACUCUUCCAAACUUCACAUCCUUUUGAACAAUAUGACAUUGUGUACAGAGGAAAGUUCUUGUUUGAAAGAUUUGGUAAAGACAUUGGGACGGGUAGUAGAAUGCCCCUUAGAUGGGUAUGGGGGGUAAAAGCUAUAGAUAAUGGGAAUCACAUGGAUCCUACAUCAAAGGGAUACUUAGUUUUUGAUGAGAAAUUUACAGUAUCAAAACAGAAUUCUCAAUUAUGGUUAGCAGGAUUUUGUGCUAGAAUAAAAGCUCAACCCUUUUUUCAACAAACUCUAGGCCCUCUGCUGCCUAACUGUUUUAUUGAAAGUUUUAAAAUGUAUAUGAGUAGGAGAUGUGUCGAUCAUAUAGAUAAAAUAAACAGAUCUCCUUGUUGUGAAUCAUCAAAAUUUCCUUAUAAAAAAGAAAUAUUUGAGUUUUGUAUAAUUAAAGCCAUUGAGUCACUGUACCAAACAUCACGCCAAGUGUUCAUGCCUGGUGUAGCAGGACCUAAGUUUCUUAGAAGUGCUACUCCCCCAACAGUGGCAGCUAUGGUUGUAGAAUUUGAAAGUGUUGUACCUUAUUCAAUGUCUUACACUGCUAUGAAUGAUUUUUAUGUCCAGGUAGAAACUUGGACUCAGCAAGAAUUAAAGAAUGCUCCGCCAGAAAUGCAGGGUGGUUGGUUUUUGUCAGAUUUACAAUUUUAUGAUCUACAAAAGACUUUAGCUAGUGGAACUGUAAUGGCUCUUGGGCUAUCAGCUAGUUUAGGUUUCAUAGUACUCAUACCAGCUACACUAAGUCUCGUCGUUAGUAUUUGUGCAUUGGCAGCUAUGAUAUUUUCUGCAACUGUCACUAUUGCUAUUCUUGUAUUAAAUGGUUGGAAGCUUAAUAUAUUAGAAAGUGUAGCCAUAUCGACCUCAGCUGGUUUGGCUGUUGAUUUUAGUCUUCAUUACGCUCUAAGCUAUACAAACGCCAAUGGCGUAAAAUCAGCUCGCGUGAAGUAUGCAUUAUCAGCAUCUGCAGGUCCCACUGCUGCCGCGGCGUUGACUACUGGCUUUGCGGGAAUAUUUCUGCUUCGCUCAAACCUUUUACCUUAUUCCCAAAUAGGUUCAUUCUUAGCUCUUAUAAUGGUUGUAAGUUGGACCUAUGCUACAUUUUUCUUAUGUUCCUUACUCCAAUUAUUUGGAUGUAGUUCUUUAAAGGAGUCUCUACAUGAAGAAAGGAAAUCAGUUUCGCGUGUCAGUUCGGUGUGCUCAGGAGUACCGAAUUUGGAGAGCCAUGAACUUGAACAUUUAGCUGAUAGCAAUCGAACUAAUGUCACGCACUCGCACAGCCCAUCCAAUGUUAGUGCCACCACAGUCAUUUUACAUGACGACUAUGAAAAUUCUCUGAAUAAAGUUCUAAAGCCUAGUGUUACGAAUAAAAUAGUUUCUGAAAAUGACUGA